AUGCACUCACGCGAUUGGUUUCUGGUAUUCGUUUCGAUCUUUCUACCGCCUAUUGCCGUUGGGCUGAAGAGAGGAUUCCUCACCAAGGAUACUUUGCUCAACGUGUUGCUAUUCGUCCUAGGUUAUUUCCCAGGUUUAAUUCACGCCUUGUACGUUAUCAGCAAACAUCCAUACCCAAGCGGCCAUGGGGACAGCUUGACACGUCCAAACGACGGCUAUGGGUCUUUAAGCUAA